UAAAAAGGUGCAAAGCACCACACUUGACCCUCGAGACCAAAUCGACAGCGUUGCGUUUCUUGCCCUAAUUCAAGUUCCCUCGCCGAUACCCGAACAGAAGAAGGGCAUGGCAAUAUUCAAUGAAUGUGAAUGCCCUAAUUAUCAUUUAAAUGCAGAGUGUGAGUGCUUUGGAGAUUGUGGUGUUGAUACUUUUUUUGGAACUUCAGGCAGUUGGCAUUUGUCGAGUAGGCAAUUGCUUGUAUUCGGAUUUGAACAUUGUGAAUUAGAACAUGUCGAGUAAGAAAGAAGAGAAAGCUCAAGCUGCAGCGGAGAGGAUCAAGGCUGCAGCCAUGAGUGCUGCAAAAGGUCUUAGUCGAGCUCAGGCUGAAAGGGCGGCUGCUGCAGCUGCUCGGAAUGUUAAUGCUUAUGGGCAGAAGGAAGAAGGACCCAGCAGAUGGCAGGAGAAAAGGGAAGCCAAGAGACAGAUGUAUUUGAUGAGUACUGAAAAGGCUGUGAGAUUGGGUGAACGGAAAGACCUCAAGUCAAAUGUAUCUACUGUUGGUGGUGCAGCUUCACAAUGCCAGAAGUGUUACCAACCUGGGCAUUGGACAUAUGAAUGCAAGAAUGAACGUGUUUACAUCUCGCGACCGUCUAGGACCCAGCAACUCAAAAAUCCUAAACUGAAGAUGAAGGUUGAAAUAUCGUAUGAUUUGGACGGUCCAGAAAUCAAGGAAGAGAAGAGUGAAAAGCAGCCAAAAAUAAGCAAGAGGAAGCAUCGGUCAGCUUCUGAUUCUGGCAGCGAUAGCGAGGCUUCAGUUUUUGAGACUGAUAGUGGGGCAUCAUCAGUUACUGGAUCUGACUCUUCUUCGGAGGAGAGUAGUUCAGAUUACAGUUCAUCUUCUGACUCAGAGGGGGACAGGAGGCGCCAAAGGAAGAAAAAGAAGCAAAAGAUGGCAAGGCGUAGAAGAAGGUACAGCUCAUCAUCUGAAUCUUCUGAUUCUGAGUCAGUUUCCGAAUCUGAUUCUGAUGAUAGGAGGAGCCGGAAGAAGAGCAAGAGGCACAGCAGAAAGCAUUAAAUGAGGUGAUCGAGCAGCAUAGUGAAGAGUAGUUGUGUAUUUGGUUCAACAUGUGUCGUGUUUCGAUUUAGUUCAGUUGUGAUUUUGAGGCGUCCUAAAGGAUUUUCCGUGUUGCGAAUUUAGACCAAAAUAAUCUUUGUAGGUGUUUCCUUGCGAUAUCUUUCUUCUCGCUCUUGCAGUAUUUGAACUUGUACCGUACUUUGCCGUGGCUGUUUCUAUAGAUCAAGAUUUUCUUUGGUAUCCAUUAUUGUUCUUCAAAAACUAAGUUGGUUUGACGAUGGAAGCCUGCGUUUUUGUUUGAAAUGUUGUUUCUUUGUGAGAGCGAGUUGAUUGUACCACUGGCUAUCGGCAUAUGCCCAAAUGAGUGUUUCGUAACA